AUGGCUACCAAGCGCAAGGCUGCUGGCUCUCCCAAGUCCGAAUCGGCACCAAAGAAGCGCUCGACCCGCGCACCGGUCGUCGACGAGGACGACUCUUCACCUCCUCCCGCUCCGGUCAAGAAGACGAAGAGCAAGAGUAGCACAAGUGCGAGUACGAGUUCGAAGAAGGAUAAGGGCAAGACGAAGCAGAAGAAGGAGGAGACCAUCACCAUUUCGAGCGACGUCGAGGCUGAGGACUCGGACGUUGUCGUUGAGAAGCCGAAGAAAAAGAAGCCGGCCGCAGCUCCCGUCAAAAAGACCAAGUCCAAAGCGCCUGCGGCGUCUACGUCGACGACCGACAAAGGCAAGGAGAAGGAGAAAGCUGUCGCGAAGAAGCAGUCGAGCAAGGUCAUCAAGGCGAGCAAGGCCAAGCUGCUCCCGUUCGAAGAGGCUUUCCCGGCCUGGUUCAGCCAGUUUGCGGAAGAGGGCGAGCCGGACAAGAUGGGUGGCGAGGGCAUCGAGAAGCUCUUCGAGGACAUGGAGCUGUCGAUGGAAGGCGCCCACCCGUUCAUCCUCGCGUAUAGGGUCGGCGCAGCUCCCGGUACCUUUGGUUCGUUCUCGCGCGCCGACUUCAAGCGCACCUUCGAGCCUUUCAACAUCGCCUCGUCUCCCGCGCUUAGCGACUGGCUCGCCAAAGCUCACGACGAGAUCAUGGACAGCGCCGACGAGUACGAGUUCCGCCGCUUCUACGCCUUCGUCUUCCCUUUCCUCAAGAACGAAGGCGCCAAGACGAUCCCUGGCGAGAUGGCGGUCGCCAUGUGGGGCACUGUGCUUGCGCCCAAGUACCCGCUCGCCGAGUCGUUCGUCGAGUACGCGACCGCCCAAGGCGAAAAGUUCAAGGCCGUCUCGCUCGACGUCUGGACGCAGUUGCUCGAGUUCUGCGAGUCAGUCCAGCCUGACUUGACCGGCUGGAGCGAGGACGAUGCCUGGCCCUCAACCAUCGAUUCUUUCGUCGAGUGGAAGAAGCAGAAGGACGGCUCAGCCGCCGCCUAA